AUGAGUCGUUGGGAGCAGAACACUUUUGGUCGUACUAGGCCACCGUUACAGCCGGUGUAAGUUAACUUAUCCAUAAGUUUCUUUUUCUAAUUUGUUAGUUUUUUUACCUUAAGUUAAGUGUCUUUUUAAAGUUAGGCCCGGCAUAGCUCGGCACCAACCCCAGGUUGUCCCAAAUAAAUUUGAAAAGAUUGGGCUGGUUGUUCUGGUACGAAGGCCUAGCCUGAAUAAGGCCUUACACGGACAGGCCGAAGCAAGUUUGAAAGCCUGCAAACGCCGUUUUGAAGGUCUUGUCCGGUCUUUUUAUAGGUCUAGUUUUUAUAUAAAACUGGCAUUUUUAGUUGUUUUUUUGUUUUUAUAACUUUUGUAUGUGACGUUUUUUCUUUUGUUAUAAUGAUAUUAAAAAAAAAAUUUUUUUAUAAUUAUAGUAUUAAAUUGUGAUUUUAGACGCAACGACGCCGUCUUGAUGUCUCAGAAUGUUUUGGGCCUCGAACGUGAGGUGUAUCAACAUGGAAGCGUCGGCGACUUUUUGGGGUCUUCAUUAGAAGGUAGGGGUGUUUACAAUUCUAAUCAGUUGACCUAAAAAGCCCUACUAGGCCGAGUCAAAGAAAGUUUUCGAAUCCUGAGGGCUUUAGGGGUUCAGGUUAGGUCUCGAAAGGAAAUAUUUGACUUGCAAGAAGCGUUUUUUAAUUUUUAAAGUUACUUUCCCGUAAAAUACGUUGAUUUUUUACAGAAAUUUCGAUAAAGAAAUAUUUAUAGUUUUGACACAUUUAAAUUUUAAAUUUUUAUUCAAAUUCAGGUGUUCAAUCCGGGUUUAUCAAAUGCGUCUACACAGCGAAACAUCAACCGAACAAUACGGUGACAUUGUUAUGUGAGAAGGCCGAAGGUUGUUGCGAAGCAUGGUGUUGUCCUAAAGAUCAGUUUUGGUAAGAUUUUUUGCUUUUCGCCGCAGGAAAAAAGGUUUUAAUUUUUUUCAUAAAAAGGUUUUUCUUAAUUGCAUUUUGAAAAUCUAAUAAAAUACUGGAAACCUCUGUAUAACGAGUCGCUCAAAAAAAAGUAGAUCUUUAUACAGAGGUUUUUUGAAAGGGACCCUUUAGGUUCGGCCUGGGGCCGUUCCAAGACAUAUCGUGCAGGCCUGAAGGCCGGGCUGAAAAAUUGGGUCUAGUAGUCCUUUUACAGGUCUAUGUAUGGGACAGACUAAAAUCUUUUUUGAUUGGUAUUAAGUGCCGACAUAAAGAACCCGUCAUAUCUUUCCUGUAAGUUGCUUUAAAAAUCGCGGGUUCUUUAUGUCGGCACCUAAUAACUACCCUAUAAGUCCUUUAAAUCUUUUAAACUUUUUUAUUUUUAGGAUGACAGGAGUGUUUGUACUGUUAGCCUUUGUAUUGUUAGUAUUUAUUAUUGGCGCUUGUGCCAUAAUCAUUUGUUAUCAACGCUCCAAAGUGCGACAACGACGAGAGGAAAAAGAAGUUUAUGAAUAUGUGGAGAAUCAGGUAGGUUUGAUAUUUUAAAGCUUUGCAAAAUACGUUGAUUGUAAAGUAAUAUAAAAAAGUUUUUGUAUAGAGGAUAACAAAGCCUGGGCUUUUGUAAAAUACGGGAAUAGUACUUUGGACUAAAAAUGAUUGAUCAAAUAAUUUAAAAAGGUCAAAGUUAAUGUCGAUAUAUAAUACAAAAUUAAGUUGUAAUUUAAAAUUACUGUACAUUUUAUUGUAGUUGGCUAGCUAUCCCGGCUCCACUCAGUCGAUAAUCAACAACGAAGGUCCUACGAUGGGUUACUCUACCUACAACAAUCAUGCACACCGAUACUGA